AUGAAGAAAACGAUGAAAGAUUUAGCACCUAUUGCGAUCCCACAUGGGCCUCCUGUUGAAUCAACCGCUGAAUAUUUUAAAUCUAAGAUGGAGACUGCAGGCAUGACAAAAAAAUAUCCAGUAUGGGACGUCGCGCGACCUACGCCGCAAGUACUAAUGGAGCAGGCACGACGUGACCUUAUGGAAGCGGACGAGAAGCUGGCUGCCAAGCGCGAGGAGGAGAAGGCCAAUCGUGUGAUUAUGGAUGCGAAGUGGAACGAACUGCGCGAAAAGGAGUUGCUCUUUAAGGAUUCCUUUAUCAGUUUUAACAAGUUUAUAAGAGAAAACCAAGAGAAACGUGACCGUGCCGAACGCAAGAUGGAAGCGGACACGGAAGUGCUAGCGCGUAAGACGCGGGAAACCGAAGCAAUGCGCAAGCGCGUUACUGAAAUGGAGGAGGUGAAGCGUUUAAUGGAGCAGCAAGUUCGUGAUUACACUAUUUACGAGGACUACCUCAAGUCAGUUGUGCAAAAUUAUCCAGAAUUUAAGCAGCCGCUUGACGUUCUCAACCGAUACGAAGCCCUAGCUGCCGCUAAGAAUACCCUGGCGGAGCGACAAGAGCGAGACCUGGAGAUGCUGGAGAACGCCCGCCAGGAGAUAGCAGCCCUCACCGAGGAGAAGAAACUAUUCAUAAUGGGGCUGAAUAACACGCUCGCUGAUUUGAGGUGGCAAUAUGACAAGGUGAAAAAUCGCGUGAUUAAGUGGGAGCUUGCUCUCAAUCGCCUCAAAGAAGAGGCGGCUGGCCGCCACGUGGAGCUAUGCCACGUACGAGCCGCGAUAUGGAGUCUCUACGCGAAGAUCUGUCAGCAGAAAGGCAUUCCGAUGGAUGUCGAGGAGUCCGACUUUGAACAGCAGCUGGUGGUGAUUAUGAGGGCUUUGCUAGAACUAAGGAGAAUAUAUCGGAUCGCUCAACGGCGGUCUAAGGAUAAAUUUGGUAUUAAGGGCAGCCCUGAUAUUCCUUCUUCACCAGCGCGUAGAAGUUAA